AUGCUUGAAUUGGACUUGAAAGCUAUUGAGCUACAUAACAUCAAGACAUCAUGGUUGAAAGUUAACAAGGCACAAUUUUUUGCCAAGUUGUACCCCAACUUGUUGGAUCAAAAUCGCUCACUAUGUCUGAUUUUUAAUAAUGACAAUUUUAUAGUACAACAGCAUUCAAGCAUCUUUGCCGAUUGCUUUGAAUUUGUUGUUAAUCAUAUCGAUGAUUUGCCGCUCUUGGAUGAGUUUUUGUUUCUGUUUGUUAAUGAGAAUCAAAGAUUUGCCCUGAUGGCUGUAAAGUACUUGGAUCCAAUGGGUAAUGCUUUGGUUACUACUUUUAAACAGAUUUUGAAUACUCGUUGGACAAGCGUCUUGGAAUUAGUGUGGAUGAAGGUUUUUGGGUUUUUCGCUGAUUCUAUUUUGCAGUUUGAGCAAGAAAUUCAAAGUGAAACUAAUUCAUUUGAUGAAGCUGAUAUUCCUCCAUUGAAUAUCCAGAGAAGUUUGUCUCAAAAGUCACCUGUUACUGCUCCAAGUUCACAAGAAUCAACUCCUAUUGUGGAUUCAAUGCCUCUUGCACAAACCCCACAAACUCCAUUGACUCCAUUGACUCCAUUGACUCCAAAGAUGGAUUUCAAUAUUACACCAAGCUUAUUAUCAACUAAACCUAUAAGCAAGUAUAAUUCAAUAGAAAUUGAUUUGAAAUCAAAUGACAAGUAUAAGGGCUUUAGAAGAUCUCAAGAUGUUGCGCUGUCACCAAUCCAAGUUGAAAUUCCAAAAAGCGACUCUUUUCAAAAGACUCAUACAAAAAUGUCUAGUAGUUUGAGAGACUUGUUAUCUAAGCCAAUUGACGUUGAUGAUGUCUAUGAUGAUGUUUAUGAUAACAAUUAUGAUGAUAAUGACUACUAUGUAUCAAAGAGAUCUUCAAAUUUCGAUCCAAGAAAAAAGAGAUUAACUUUGGAAGCUAAUAAUACUACUCCUACUCACAUCUCAAAACCUAGUUUUGAUACAGGUGAUGAUAGAGAUGAAUAUUCCGAUUCCAAAUCACCUAAAAGAGAUUCUUAUCAAACUACAUCCUUGCUCGCUAAGUUGCAUAACAGCAAACAACAGCAACAGCAGCAACAGCAGCAACAACAACAAUCUAUGUUUGUUGAUGAUGAGGAUGCCAAGUCUGAAAAAUCGAGGCAAAGAAGGAGACACAAGAUUGGUGAAAUUCCGUCUCCUGAAUCCUCUGAAGUUGAUGAACAAGAAGAAGAGAUUUUCUUCCAAGAGCAGCAGCAGCAGCAGCAGCAAAAUCGUGUACCAGUUACAUCUACUGUUUCUGAUGCCUCUGAAAAACCAGCGUUAUCUAGAAAUGGUUUAACUGAAAGUACAUUUGACUAUCAAUCAUUUGGCUUGAAGGGUUUAGCGCCAAUUGUUGAAGAUGAUGAUCAAUCUUCGAAAUAUGAAUCCGAUGAUGAUAACAAAUUGACUGCAAAGAAAUCAGGUUCAAGCGCUGGAGACUUUUCAAAUUCCCGUGCUUCUUCAUUGUCUUUGCACAAUUCGGAUUUUGGCUCGUCAACAACAUCAAGUGUUGGUGCAGCAGGCCCAAUGUAUAAAGGUCUCCAGCAGCAGCAGCAGCAGCAGCAAAGGCAACACAAGAGAGGCACAUCUGUUGAAUCAAGCGAUUUCCGUUUUAUUAACCCCUCAACAAUAAGCGUGGGUAUGAACAGUCAUCGUAGAGAACACUCGAUGUACUCUCUUUCCAAGAGUUGUUCUGCUUCAGCUACAUCGAUCAGUUCAUCAACUACAGCCUCAUUGGGUUUCAUUAGGUCUUCGUUUGUUUUGAAGAAAGAAAUGGAACAACAACAAAAAGGGUAUAAUAGCCCUAGAAGUUUUAUAUCAGUGCCAAACUCUCCAAAAGUUUGUUCGAAAGCAUCAAUGAGUUCAUUGAAGGCACCACCUAAACAUCAAAUGUAUUCAGUCAAGGCUCGAUCUACUACAUCAUUUAACUCUUUUAAUAAUAAGAGUUCCCAAUGUUUUGUUGAUGCUAGUGAUCAAGCAUACGAUUUACAAGAUCCAAUUACACCACCAACAGGAAGAUUAUCAAAAACGACAUCAACAACAAACAUUUCUAAAUUGAAUUCAGCAAAGGUUUCGUCUGCUACAUCUGCUAAAAGAGGAUUCAUGCUGAGAAUAUCAUCAAUGUUUUCCUCAUCGCGGCCCUCUUCUACAACACCAACACCCUCUGCGUCUGCAGCUCCAUCAAGACGACCAUCGAUUGGAUCAAUCUCCAAAGCAGCCAUCCCUUAUGAAGAGAUUACCAGUCCAAAAAGCUAUUUGAAUAUGCCAUCUCCAACAGUAUCCGCUGGAACUGCGCCAUCUUCAACUGCAGGUGUAUACCCCAUUAAUCAGAAACUUCAACCACCACCAUCAUCAAUUACAACAAAACAAUACACCUCAUCAUUAUUCACAUCACAAUCAAAACCAUCGAUAUCUUACUGUGCAACUAAUUUGUCAUCGCAAACAUCAACAGUUGCAACUACCCAGAAAUCAGUAAGCUCUUUGUUUUCAAGUAACGGUGCACCACAAGGAACAAAUGGCCGUUAUAAGUAUGGUGGUUCAACCUACGAUUUGUCCUCAGUUCAUUCCGGUGAUACUGUAUCUACUGGAUUUACUGCAUUAUUUAAAAAGAGGCACGAUAAUGAUGCUAAUAUUAAAUUUGUUCCGCCUCCUACUAAACAUACUAGAAAAGGAAACAAGUACAAUGUCAAAAAGGUUCCUUAUAACAUCUUUGCUUGA